UUUUCAGGCAGUCUCUGAAUUUGAGGUUGAGAAGCAGGGGGAGACGCUGCUUCUUGUCAACCAGGCAUCUGACAGUGUUGACAACCUCCUCCAGUCUCACAUGGUAAAUAGUCUUGAAGGGGGGGCGUGAUUCAACACAUCCCCGCUCCUGCUUCACGGCACUCAUUCCCUCUCCAGCCCCUCACCUCGCUGUUUCUCCAGCCUUCGUGUUUGUUUGAACUGUGGAAACAAAGUACAAUACACAAUAGUACUGUACCCUCCACCCGGCUCCUCUUCGACGGCGCUCUGCAUGUGCGGAUACGGCGUUUUCCUAUCGCCUUGGCAACCUGGAUUCAGCUGAUCCUCAUUAAAACCGGUCUCUGUUGAGCAGGUCGCUUUUUUUCUUUCUCACUGGACAGACGUACUACAGAACCCGAAAGCAGCGGCUAAGGUGAAUGCUGGAGAAAGCGAAGCUUGUCUAAUUCAAUAUGCCAGUGAGAAGGGGCCACGUGGCGCCGCAGAACACUUACCUGGACACCAUCAUCCGGAAAUUUGAAGGGCAAAACCGCAAGUUCCUGAUUGCCAAUGCCCAGAUGAAGAACUGCGCUAUAAUCUACUGCAAUGACGGCUUCUGCGAGAUGUUUGAGUACUCGCGGGCAGAGAUCAUGCAGCAGCCCUGCACCUGCGAGUUCCUGGCAGGGCCGGGCACACUGAAGACUGCGGUGGCAGGGCUGGCACAGGCCCUCCUGGGCUCUGAGGAGAGGAAGGUAGAGGUGCUGUACUACACCAAGGGAGGAGCCUGCCUGCCCUGCUUGGUCGAUGUGGUUCCUGUGAAGAACGAGGAGGGGGCCGUCAUCAUGUUCAUCCUGAACUUCGAGGUGCUGCGGGGGAGAUCGGCCAGUAGGGGGGGCCUGAGGCACAAACUGGAGCAGAGCUGGACCCGAGCAGGACAGAACAGGCGUCUGAGGCUGAAGCUGCCGUCUUUGAGAGCCAUCGCUCUGCGGCGCACCUCCCUGUCCACGGAGCAGUUUGAUGGAGUCAUAGUCGACUAUUUAGAGCCCUGCAGUGAGGAGGUGCCCUUGAAGGAGUUCCGGAUCCCCUCGAAGGAGAGCUGCACUCAGUCUGAGACGGAGGCUCUGAUUGAACAGGACCGGCAGCCGGAGCCAGUGAGCCACUCCUCCCCCAAGCGCGCGCCCAACCACCUGGACCCGGACACACCCUUCAACACGGGCAGCCUGUCCCGAACACACUCCCGGGACAGCAUGCAGAGCCUGCGCCGGGCUUCAUCGCUCGACCACAUUGAUGCCAUGAGGGGAGGCUGUGUCCCAAACACAGGCGCUCCGAAUGCCUUCAAGCCCAGCCUGCUGAACUCCACCUCAGACUCGGACCUCAUGCGCUACCGCACCAUCCACAAGAUCCCCCAUAUCACCCUGAACUUGGGGGACCUGGGCGCGGAGAAGCUGCGCCCGGCCUCGGCCACGGAGAUCGAGAUCAUCGCUGCCAGCAAGCUGAAAGACCGAACACAGAACGUCACAGAGAAGGUCACGCAGGUGCUGUCGCUGGGUGCCGAUGUGCUCCCGGAGUACAAGCUGCAGGCUCCCCGGAUCCACAAGUGGACCAUCCUGCACUACAGCCCCUUCAAGGCGGUGUGGGACUGGCUGAUCCUGCUGCUGGUGAUCUACACAGCGGUGUUCACACCCUACUCGGCAGCCUUCCUUCUCAACGAGCAGGAGGAGGAGCUGCGCCGGCGCUGUGGCUACACCUGCAACCCGCUCAACGUGGUGGACCUCAUCGUGGACAUCAUGUUCAUCAUCGACAUCCUCAUCAACUUCCGCACCACCUACGUGAACAUCCACGACGAGGUGGUGAGCCAGCCCGGCCGCAUCGCCGUGCACUACUUCAAGGGCUGGUUCCUGAUCGACAUCGUGGCAGCCAUCCCCUUCGACCUGCUCAUCUUCCGCUCCGGCUCCGACGAGACCACCACUCUGAUUGGCCUCCUGAAGACGGCUCGGCUGCUGCGAUUGGUGCGUGUGGCGCGGAAGCUGGACCGCUACUCCGAGUACGGCGCGGCGGUGCUCUUCCUGCUCAUGUGCACCUUCGCCCUCAUCGCGCACUGGCUCGCCUGCAUCUGGUACGCCAUCGGCAACGUGGAGCGCCCUUACAUGGUGCACAAGAUCGGCUGGCUGGACGGGCUGGCCGACCAGAUCGGAAAACCCUACACCGAGAGCAACGCCUCCUCCGGCCCCUCCAUCAAGGACAAGUACGUGACUGCGCUCUACUUCACCUUCAGCAGCCUGACCAGCGUGGGCUUUGGGAACGUCUCCCCCAACACCAACUCCGAGAAGAUCUUCUCCAUCUGCGUCAUGCUUAUCGGCUCCCUGAUGUACGCCAGUAUCUUUGGUAACGUCUCUGCCAUUAUCCAGCGGCUGUACUCGGGCACGGCGCGCUACCACACUCAGAUGCUGCGGGUGAAGGAGUUCAUCCGCUUCCACCAGAUCCCCAGCUCCCUGCGGCAGAGACUGGAGGAGUACUUCCAGCACGCCUGGUCCUAUACCAACGGCAUCGACAUGAACGCGGUGUUGAAGGGUUUCCCUGAGUGUCUGCAGGCUGAUAUCUGUCUGCACCUGAACCGCACGCUGCUCCAGAACUGCAAGGCGUUCCGAGGGGCGAGUAAGGGCUGCCUGCGGGCGCUGGCCAUGCGCUUCAAAACCACCCACGCCCCGCCGGGUGACACGCUGGUGCACUGCGGAGACGUGCUGACCGCCCUGUACUUCAUCUCGCGCGGGUCCAUCGAGAUCCUGAGAGACAACGUGGUGGUGGCCAUCCUGGGAAAGAACGACACCUUCGGGGAGCCCAUCAGCCUGUAUGCACGCCCUGGCAAGUCAAACUCAGACGUCCACGCGCUCACCUACUGCGACCUGCACAAGAUCCACAGAGACGACCUGCUGGAGGUGCUGGACAUGUACCCCGACUUCUCAGACAACUUCUGGAGCAGCCUGGAGAUCACCUUCAACCUGAGAGAUGCAGAUCGAAUUAUCCACUCGCUACCCAGUGAAGAUUCGGACUGCGGGUACCGCCGGCCGCGACGCAGGAGAAACUCUCUGCACAGACGCAACCAACCCGACGGGAUGGACAGGGAGGACUCGCACGCGGACCAGUCCUGCCCUCAGCUGGCCAAUCACCAGGGGGCAGUGCCAAGGCAGCCCUGGGACGAGCUGUGCAGCAGCCCCAGCCCCUGCUCCGCGUCCAGCGAGGAUGAGAUGAAGCCGCUGGGGCAGAGCAAAGGGGAGCUGUACCCACCAAGGGGACCUAAUCAAGACUACCACCCCACCAUGGUCAACCUGCUGACCCCCAGCAGCAACCCUGCACUGGAGCAGGGGCCCCCAUACACAGCGGCCCCCCUCAACAUGCCCAGCCUCUUCACCUACUGGCCGGAGAGGCGGCCCAGUCAAUACUCAGAGAGCCAGCGGCGCUCCUCCUCGGUCCAGGCUGUGUACCAGCCGCUGGCCUGCGCAGAGGACCGUCCCAGCAAGCUGGAGUCCCGCCUGGAGCUGCUCCAAACACAGCUCAACAGGCUGGAGUCUCGGAUGACGACCGAUAUCAAUGUGAUCCUGCAGCUGCUCCAGAGGCAGAUGGCCCCGGUCCCUCCUGCCUACAGCGACGUUUCCCCCAGCACCCGCCCACCUGCUCUGUACUGCCCCGGGGCCAAAGUCAUGCACACCACACAGCCCGUUGCACCUGUGCAGGUGGACAGCCUGGCCUCCCCCUUAAUGAGCCCCGACUCGGACAAGUUCAACUUCAAGUCUCUGGACUCCCUGUCCAGUGGGAUGCAGCUGACCACCGUGGCCUCUGACGAGACGAUGCUCAUCUGCCCUGAGCUGGAUCAGGCAGCCCCCGGGCUGGGCCCCUCGCAGCCCCUGGUGAUGAUGGGCCCCUCCGGACUCUACAGCAGUAUCCGCUUCCCCUCCCUCCCCGAGCACCUAGAGACCUCCGCAGGGUUGGCUGAGAUCCAGAGGCACGUGUCUGACCCCCUCCUGCCGGGCAGUUAGAGCCACACCACCCCCACCCACCUCCCUCACUGCCCACCCCAGGAACUUCACUUUGAGAGACCCAGCAGAUCAUGGGACUGGUGCCUCAGGAGCUGCUUCCCCCAGGAGGACGUCACUGUGCUUCCCCAGACUGCUGCUGGAAGGAGUGGCCCCACCUCACUGCCUAGUUGCCCUGCUGUAUAGCUCCCUAGGGGGGCCAUGCUGUUUAUCCUCCUCACUCCCAGGGGGCGCUGUUGAUGCAUCGUAGUGAUUUAGGGGGUCCCCAGGUGGUGUGUGAAACUCUCCUGACCCACAGCAACUGCCCUGUUUCUACAGACCCCCAAGUGUUUAUACAAGCACAGGAUACAGACUGUUUCACUUUUUGUUUUCUUUUCAUGUUCAUCACAAUGUUCUCUCUGAACUGUAAACCAUUUUGCCUCAGAAUACUGUCUGUAUAUGAAUACGAUCAUGUAAAGAAUAAUCUGCUACUGGUUUGAAAGCUGUUUCCAUAGAUUACAAUGGCUUUAGUACUGAUGUGAGUCCUCUGCUAACUGACUUGAGGAUGUUCUGGUCCCACCCCUUUGUUAAGUCUACAGUUGUAGCGUGCCGUCUUUCUAAGACAGCAGUGCAGGGCACUCAGGAGCACAGGGAGCUCUUUUCACCUGCUGUCUUCCUGCAGCACAGAGCAGGGGGAGGGGCUCCCUGCUGAUGCAAAGCUGUGCCCCGAUUCUGAGGUCUUUGAAUCGCCCUGAUCCACUGUGGCACCGCAAGUCCAAAACAGCAACAACUGUGUGUCAGUCAAAACCCAACAAGAGUGUCCCGUGUACUGCAUUACCAACGCUACGGUGAAAACAAAUCUGAAUACUUUAAGCACAUGUCAUUGUAGACACUUUAAUAUCCUCUACAGAGCUUAGAAGUAAAGAAUCACCCAGCAAGUUUAGACACUUUAAGUGUCAGUUUAAUAGUGAUGCUGGCAGAUUAUUAUUAAAUUCAUAGGGAAUAAUGAACCUGGAUAAUACUGGAUCAAUUGAAAAGGAGUAGUACCUGAAGGAUAUUACAUAGCGGAACACUUCUGUGUAAAAAGAUCAGUAAAUGUGUCAAUAUUUUACUAGAUAUUAAAGUUUUUAAAUUCUGAAGCUUGCAAUAAAAGUGUCCUCUUGUAAGAAGUUUAAUCGUGAGCUGCAGAGUGAGCUAGUGUUUAAUCAGGAGCUGCAGAGUGAGCUGGUGUUUAAUCAGGAGCUGCAGAGUGAGAUGGUGUUUAACGGGAGUGAGCUGGUGUUUAAUCAGGAGCUGCAGAGUGAGCUGGUGUUUAAUCAGGAGCUGCAGAGUGAGAUGGUGUUUAAUCAGGAGCUGCAGAGUGAGAUGGUGUUUAAUCAGGAGCUGCAGAGUGAGAUGGUGUUUAACGGGAGUGAGCUGGUGUUGGAGCUCCUUGUUUCAGGGUCAGAGCUCGAGCAGUGGGAGCAGCUGUGUGGUGCAGGUGAAGCCUUUCUUCAGAUGAGAGCGAGAUUCUGUCCACCCUGUUCUCAGUAAAGCAUUACAUUGUUCAGAGGUAUUUAUAAUUUUAUACCAUGCAAGCUCACUUAAAAAAAAGAUGAUGAUGUUAUCAUUUAAGUUGACAUGUUUUGCAAGUCUUUCACUGUCAUUACAUGGGUUCAGUAAACACCAUUGAUUGAGCUGUCAUCCCUGUAAUCUCCGCACUGCAAACAGAGCCCUAUCUUUGGAUGACUUCAGUCAGUAGAGCCGGGGCACGUCUGUCUGUAGUACCACUGCGUGUGUUGGAUCUGUUACCUAUAAUCAUGUGCCAAAGAGAGCGUUCGACAAGAAAUGAAAGCAGAAUGACUCCCCAGUUCAAAUCGCUGAAUCAGUAGUGUGUGCUGUACACAGAAAGGCAUGCAGCGUUCCUACACAAUAUCUUAGACACUGCACUGCUGUCACAUGGUUCGACUUAAGAGUUAAGAACUGGGAAUUAUUUUUAUGCAGAAAGUGUUACUGAAAGGCAAAGCGGCAGUUUCAUGUUGUAUCGGAAUGUUUUGUGUUUCACUGCAGUUUCAUGUUGUAACGGGAUGUUUUGUGUUUCGCUGCAGUUUCAUGUUUUAUCGGGAUGUUUUGUGUUUCGCUGCAGUUUCAUGUUUUAUCGGGAUGUUUUGUGUUUCGCUGCAGUUUCAUGUUGUAGCGGGAUGUUUUGUGUUUCGCUGCAGUUUCAUGUUGUAACGGGAUGUUUUGUGUUUCGCUGCAGUUUCAUGUUUUAUCGGGAUGUUUUGUGUUUCACUGCAGUUUCAUGUUGUAAUGGGAUGUUUUGUGUUUCGCUGCAGUUUCAUGUUGUAACGGGAUGUUUUGUGUUUCGCUGCAGUUUCAUGUUUUAUUGGGAUGUUUUGUGUUUCACUGCAGUUUCAUGUUGUAAUGGGAUGUUUUGUGUUUCGCUGCAGUUUCAUGUUGUAACGGGAUGUUUUGUGUUUCGCUGCAGUUUCAUGUUUUAUUGGGAUGUUUUGUGUUUCACUGCAGUUUCAUGUUGUAUCGGGAUGUUUUGUGUUUCGCUGCAGUUUCAUGUUUUAUCGGGAUGUUUUGUGUUUCGCUGCAGUUUCAUGUUUUAUCGGGAUGUUUUGUGUUUCGCUGCAGUUUCAUGUUGUAGCGGGAUGUUUUGUGUUUCGCUGCAGUUUCAUGUUUUAUUGGGAUGUUUUGUGUUUCGCUGCAGUUUCAUGUUUUAUUGGGGUGUUUUGUGUUUCGCUGCAGUUUCAUGUUUUAUCGGGAUUGUGACAGGGUAGCGUCGUGGGCCCAGAUGUUAUUCGGCAGGCAGAGAGACUCAGAGACAAGGAACUGCAGUUAACGCGCUUCUGCGCAGUUUAAUAAACAAAAAUAAAUCAAAAGGUUGCACAAAACACUGCUCACAGAGCAAAAAUAAAACAGUUAAACAAAACAGAACUUUCACAAUAAAACAAAUCACAAAAUAACUGGCGCAAGGGCCAAAACAAAAGGUUUAAACAAAAUACACAAAGGUAGGCUGGGCAUUAGCCUUCACUACACUUCUUUCCCAAAAAUAAACACAGCACUAACAAACAACCACUCACCCAAAACACCUCUCUCAAACAAAGGAUUUUUCCCCUUUUUAUAGCAUGUGGCUGGAGCCUAAUUAUCAAUGAUUCAAUUAGCUCCAGCCACAUUCUCACAUGUAUUUUGGCAGGGAUAGGAAAUUAACCCCAUCCCUGCAAGCCACCACCAAAUCACCACAUAACAAUAUUAUUUACAGGCAGGGCUCUGCCCUGCUACAUAUCCCCCCCCCCCUUGUGCGCAGCACACAUGGCCCC